AUGAGUUCAGGCCACCUCCCCUGGGCGGGUGAUGACGACGCAGCUUCGGGAGACGCUUCUCGUCGCUUCAACGCCAUCGAGCCUCUGAACCGGUUGCAAGCUGCCGUACCGCUAGGAAACCACCAAUCUAACAGCUUUGAUGCUGAGAGCCUUCCCAAAACGACGUCAGACCGGCGGCGAGCCUCUAUCAUCUCGACAUCUCUCGACGGCGAUGUGCACCUAUCAGAAAAGGUCGCUGAACAACAAGAGGGCGGACAUGCUCUGACCGGCACAUCCGCCGAGGGCGAGACUGUUCUGUAUCUAGCAUAUGGCUCCAACCUCGCAUCUCAGACCUUCCGGGGCAUGCGUGGUAUUAAGCCAUUGUCGGAGAUUCCUGUGCUAAUACCGGAGCUUCGCUUGACCUUCGACCUACCGGGUAUCCCUUACGCCGAGCCAUGUUUCGCCGGCACACAGUAUCGGGAUCCCGACCUACCGAACAGUACAGAGCCCCAAUCUCACCACGACAAUACGUCAUCGGACAUUGAGGAUGACUUUGUCUCGGAAAAGGCACCGCUUCUGGUCCGAACACAAGAGAUGCAAAUGGCGGAAGCGAGCAGGAAUCGAUGGCACAAGCCUCUGAUUGGAGUAGUGUAUGAGGUCACCUUGGCCGACUAUGCCAAGAUUAUCGCAACGGAGGGUGGUGGCCGCGGUUAUCGAGAUGUUGUGAUCAACUGUCACCCCUUCGCCGAGGGCUUCAAGCCUACAGAUCCUGUUCCCGAUCAUCCCGACACUCUGCCCUUCAAAGCCCACACGCUCCUGUCACCAAGCGCAGAUGAUGCUCGAAAAAAGACAGAGGCGGCCAAACGUGGUCAGUCCUCCGCGGCCGUGUGCACAGCAUCAUCGUCCAAUACUUCCAUCUUCAGUGACUUUGGGCCGCACAUGCGUCCCGACCCAGAAUAUGCACAGCCGUCUGCGCGCUAUCUUAACCUUCUGGUCACUGGUGCUGCUGAACAUGAUCUCCCAGUCACAUAUCGAGAAUACCUUUCUCAAAUCCAUACAUAUAGCAUCACCACUGUCCGCCAAAAGAUUGGAAAAGCUGUCUUUGUUGGUCUGUGGGGUCCCCCCAUUUUGACUCUUCUGGCAUUUUCAAAAAGAUUCGCUGGUCCUGACGGAAGGAGUCCAUCAUGGCUGGUGAACUUGUCUAACAUCUUGUUUGCUGCGAUGUGGUUCACCUAUGACUAUUUCUUCAAGCCAGUUUUUGGGGAGGGCGAGCGGACGCUAGGUGAUGUCUCUUCUUCUUGA